AUGUCUGGCAGUGAUCACUUCGUCUGUGGUGUCACAUCAUGGUCGAACUCACGUUAUGGAAAACUGAAUGUCACCCAACAAGGAAGUGAUGGAGAAGGCAAGAUUGUGGGAGAUGGUGUGACUGCUGCUCCUACAGUCACUGCUAUACUUACUUCAGACGGUACUGGUGAUGACAGUGAUGAGGAUGACGAAGAAAAUUCAGACACGAACACAGGUGAUGAAGCAGCCAAUGAAACUUCAGAUGACACUGACAGCAUUGACGACAGUGACUUGACUUCGAUGAAUGUGAGUGGAGUGGAUGAACUACUUCAUGGACAGUAUGAUAAUGAUUCUCAUGGUGAUGAUGAAGACGAUGAUAAUUAUUAUGAUGAUGUUGAUGAUGAUAAUGAUGAUGAUUGCGAUGAUUCUGAUGACGAUGAUGAUUUGAACAGGAGUGUAGAACGCCGUUGUCGUCAUGAUCAACGUGAGAUGAUGAACCUCCGUCCAGAGCCGCGGUUACUUCAAGCAACAUAUCGUUAUCAUGGCGACGGUGGGAAUCACAAUGGACGUCGUCGACACCGACGCCACAAACGUCGUCAUCACCACAAACGACGUUAUCGAUGGUAA